CCGGCCUCGGUUACUUCCGGAAGUGAAGUUGCACCUUCUCCUCUGCUUCCGCGGGGUCUGGACCCGGGCGAUGUCUGGGUUGGCCCCAGGAGGAGCGGAGUGGACAGAGUAGAACUGCCCCAUAAAGUUUCCAAGGAUUGGCUGGUGGAUUCAAACUGCCGACCUCUCGGUUAGCAGCCCAACGCCUAACCACUGCACCACCAGGGCUCCCCUAAAGAUGUAAUGAUGCUUUGCAGUAAUUUUCUAAGUCUGGAUUUUUCUAUGUCUGUGGAUCCCAGAACUAGCUAAGAGAUGGAGGAGCCUGAGAAAAAUGAUCUGAACGUGACAAGCCUUGAGAAGGAUGACCCUCUCCAAAGCACCAGCCCUCAGAUUUCUGUCAGUGAAUUUUCUUGCCACUGCUGUUACGACAUCCUGGUUAACCCUACCACCUUGAACUGUGGGCAUAGCUUCUGCCGGCACUGCCUAGCUUUAUGGUGGGCAUCUUCAAAGAAAACAGAGUGUCCGGAAUGCAGAGAAAAAUGGGAAGGCUUCCCCAAAGUCAAUAUUCUCCUCAGGGAUGCAAUUGAAAAAUUAUUUCCUGAUGCCAUUAGAAUGAGAUCUGAAGACAUUCAACAGAACAAUGACAUAGUCCAGAGUCUCAUGGCCUUUCAGAAGUAUGGGAAUGAUCAGAUUCCUGUAGCUCCCAACACAGGCCGAGCGAAUCAGCAGAGAGGAGGGGGAUUCUUUUCCGGAGUGCUCACAGCUUUAACUGGUGUAGCAGUGGUCCUGCUCGUGUAUCACUGGAGCAGCAGGGAGUCUGAGCACGACCUCCUCGUUCACAAGGCUGUGGUCAAGUGGACAGCGGAAGAAGUCGUCCUCUGGCUGGAGCAGCUGGGGCCGUGGGCCGCUCUCUACAGAGACAGGUUUUUAUCUGAGAGAGUAAAUGGAAGAUUGCUUUUAACUUUGACAGAGGAAGAAUUUUCAAGGGCGCCAUAUACCAUAGAAAAUAGCAGCCACAGGAGAGUCAUCCUCAUGGAACUGGAACGUGUCAAAGCACUAGGUGUGAAGCCCCCCCAAAAUCUCUGGGAAUAUAAGGCCGUGAACCCAGGCCGGUCCCUGUUCCUUUUGUACGCCCUCAAGAGCUCACCCAGACUCGGUCUGCUGUACCUGUACCUGUUUGACUACACAGACACCUUCCUACCCUUCAUCCACACCAUCUGCCCUCUUCAAGAAGAUGACUCUGGAGAAGACAUCAUCACCAAGCUUCUGGACCUUAGAGAGCCCACGUGGAAGCAGUGGAGGGAAUUCCUGGUCAAAUACUCCUUCCUCCCAUACCAGCUGAUUGCUGAAUUUGCAUGGGACUGGCUGGAGGUUCAUUACUGGACGUCACGGUUUCUCAUCGUCAAUGCCAUGCUACUCUCAGUUCUGGAGUUAUUCUCCUUGUGGAGGAUCUGGUCAAGAAGUGAACUGAAGACAGUGCCUCAGAGGAUGUGGAGCCAUUUUUGGAAAGUAUCAACGCAGGGGCUUUUUGUGGCCAUGUUCUGGCCCCUCAUUCCUCAAUUUGUUUGCAACUGUUUAUUUUACUGGGCCCUGUACUUUAACCCAAUUAUUAACAUUGAUCUCGUGUUCAAGGAAGUCCGGCGGCUGGAAACUCAAGUGUUGUGACUGGCAGUGCCCAGGCUCUGCGUGACUCUUGCAGCCUCACUGAUGUCUGCGCUUUGAUGUUAACAAGGGCUGAAGGGAGGAAGUGGAAUUCCUACUUUCUACCCCGCGUAAAAUGAGGUGCUGCUUUGUAUGUUAAAGGCUACAGUCAGGUGCUCUUCCGCUCUGCUUGUGGCCUGGUGGCAGCAGGGACUGGCAUCCCAGAGCACGGUGGACUGUCUCUUUGGCCAAGGCAGCAGCAGCACCUCCCGCCCAGCUGCCUUCCUCACAGGGACUUGUGAGGUUCAGGCCCUCGACAGCUGGCAAGGGCUCUUGGAGUCUUCAGAGGAUACCGUGUGGUCAGCAUCUGAAGGCCUGCGGGCCCCCCUUGCCCUAACUGCAGCACCCAACUGAGGCUCCCAGGGUGAAUCGGAGCCCAGAGACCAAGACAAGACCAGGCUUAUCCUAUGAGUCAAGUUUAAGGAAACAGGGAAAAGAUACUGUCAUAGGCAUAGACAGUUGCACAUAAAAAAAAUACAGAGGAAAUACCACGGUUUGAUCAACGAUUCUAUUUUAGUGAAGACUUGCUAGAAGACUUCAGCAUGAAACUUGUAAACAGAUUCAGUUUGAGACUGGAAUGAUGGUUACACUGGGAGUCACUGUUCUCUGCAUGUCAUCACUGACUUUCGAAUCUGUUUCUCUGAGAGGGGCUGGGGGCUGGAGUGGGGUGGGGGCAGUUAAUGGGUGGUAGUUCACACCAGGUCCGGAUGCCUCCACACUACCUUAAAAUGGCUUUUGUUUUGUUUUUAAGAGUUUAACCUGUAAAAUAAAUUCCAGGACAGUCCUUUUGUUCCAGAAAGCA